AUGUUGUACGAGUUAAUAGGGAUUGCCCGGCCGGGACACAUCAACGAAGUCCGCGAAAUCGUCCUCACCAGCGGCCAGCUCAUCCUCCGCAACGGCGGUGUCAUCCGCUCUAUUGCCAACUGGGGCGUCUUUUCGCUGCCCCGCCCGCUGUCGGUGCACCAGGCCAAGUACACUCGGGGCCACUACUUUGUGAUGCGGUUCGAUGGUAGCGCGGAGGCACAAAACGCGGUGCGCACGACGUUGAAGCUGGACCCUCGGAUGAUUCGGACAGCGUUUGUGCGGCUGGGCGACGACCGCAAGCUGGAGAACACGGCUCGGUUUGGCGAGAUCCUGUGGUCGCAGGCGUUUGAGCGGAGUUAA